AUGCCCCCACCCAGCGACGGAGCUCCACGUGCAGUAACCAAAAUUCCCGGCGAUGGAAUCAGACCGCUAGUCACGAACGCAGUCGAGAAGGUGAUGGAGGCGAUGCAAGCGCCGGUCUACUUCGAGAAGUACGAUGUCACCGGCGACAUGCCGAGGGUGCCGGAGGAGGUGAUUGAGUCAAUCAGGAAGAACAAGAUGUGUCUGAAAGGCGGGCUGGCGACGCCGAUGGGCGGCGGCGUUAGCUCGCUGAACAUGCAGCUCCGACGAGAUCUCGAUCUCUAUGCUUCGUUGGUCAACUGCUUCAAUCUGCGUGGCUUACAGACCAAGCAUGGCAACGUCGACAUUCUAGUGAUCAGGGAGAACACCGAGGGUGAGUACUCGGGGCUCGAGCACGAGAUUAUUCCUGGAGUUGUUGAAAGCCUUAAAGUUAGAUGGCUUUACAUAUCUGACCAGGUGUGGGAUAGGAUCGCUCUAGGUCUAGCCUCUCAGUAUGGAGUAUGCUUACUACACAUUCAAAUCUUGCCUCGUAAUAGAAGAUCUGCUGCUACAGAGAAGGUGGAAGAUAUAGGUAACUUGAAAACUGAGCAGCAUAAAAGGAAGCAACAUGGAUAG